AGAGGAAGAAGUCUGAAGUUGCAGUUGCAGUGGCAGAGAUAGAGAGAGAGAGAGAGAAUCAAAGUGAAAAGUGACUUGUGAGGUUGAAAUCAACUUGGUCGGGAUAUGGCCGGAGCUUAAUCCAUCCAUCCCCUCCGGCGCGCGUACAAAUUAUGUCGACUAUCCGUUGCUUUAGCGCCACUUUGCCCUCAUCAUCUUCAUCUUCUUACUGUUGGUCCAAUUAUCAAUGUCGUGCUCGCAUCACUUCAUGCUCUCUUCGCUCAUCAGCCCCCUCAGUGCAGGAAGAAGCACUUCCCUCUCUUUCUCAAAUCCCGCCGCCAAAGCAGGAGGAUAAGCCUAUUAUUAUGGAUUCGAAACCCAGAAGCCGGUCGUCGGGAAUUGAGGUCCCGAGGCAAAAAUACAUAUCUGUCUCAAAGUCGGAACUGUUGGAUGCCAUCGUCUCCGACAUGUUCCCAGAUGAUGUGGAGUCCCCUCAUCAAUUUCUCUCUCUCUCCAGAUGCUUGGAUUCAAUUAUUCAUGCUGAACACAAAAUUAUUUUGGAGCAAAUGAGGGCUGAUUUUGAUCUCACUCUUUCCACAAACAAGAGCAACACACACCCCCGUCUUGACAAUACUCCGUCCGAUCAUUUUAUGAAUAACGAGAGCACAAUAGACAAGGAACAGGGACAUGAUGCUGAUGCUGAUGCUGACCCCGACGAUAUAUUAACAAUGUCCUCUGGUUUUACCCUAUACUUGAAACUACUUGUCGAUUUUACGUUGAAAGCCGCCAAGACAAAUCCUUUCAAGUCCUUGACAAAUCCUAUCAACACUUCCAGAGUUGCGAUCCCAGGCCGUUUCCAACAUGCUUUCAUGAAACUUCUACACAAUGCCGGGUUUGAAGAGUUGUCUCCUAGGGAUUUGAUGUUGACAUCAGCACUAAAUACUGAUUAUCUGCUUACAUUGCCAAUUUAUGUUGACUGGAAAAAAGCAUCCGACUCCAAUGCCAUUAUAUUCAGGCGGGGAUAUGCAAGUGAGAGGCAGAAGGGAUUGCUAAUUGCUGAAAAAUUGGACUACUUGCAGUCAAAAUUGUUGCAAGACUUUUUCUUUCUUUUUGCCAAACCGUUGGGGAGGCUUGCUAUUUGGUUAAAUGAGGUGUUCAAGAGGAUCACUCAAAACCAAGAAAUUGAAAUACUGGGAAAUAGAUUUAACCUUUGGCUUAACGAGUUGUCUCUUCCGCUGAAACCUCCUUCCAAUGAUGAAAUGCUAUAUGAUGAGCUUAAAGGAGCUGACAUUCUAUCUAGUGACCUUCCUAUAUGGGUAGCUGCACAAAAAGCAGCAACUCUUUAUGAAGGAAUGCUCUCAGAAGUUGGACCCCGUGAGAGGCUCUUAAGAAAGUUUCUUGCAUGGGUUGGUCUAGUACCAUCAACCCCUCAGCAUGCAUUUGACCUUCAAUCCGACACUAGUACUUCUGAAUCCAAUUUAAGCUCAAAUUUCCUUUCGAGAAUAUCAAUGAGUGACAUAUGGAAACCUGCAUCACGUAAAUCAUGUGGAAAUGAUUUCAGGAAGGUGCUAAGAAAUGCCAUUUCAAUUCUAUUCUCACAAUCUGUUCUCCAGGAGCUUGCAUUCGAAGAAUUAAUCUUGCUCUAUACUGAUGAAAUUGGAGAAAGAGAAACUGCAGACCAAGGGCAGGUCUCCUCGUUGCAAUUGAAAAUCUACGAGAGAAUCCCCGUUCCAGAUUUGCCCGUUGUUUUCCCUCACAAGAAGCUGUCCUUUCGUAUUCUUGACACGGUACGGCUGGAUGUUGCAACAAUAGUGGGACUUCUGGCUUACUUCUUCAGUUAUAAAUUUGAAGACAUUUUAUCUUCACCAUCAGCAGCUCUUCUAGAUGUGGUUGCAGCUAGUGCACUUGUGUUAUAUGUGAGUCGUGUACUUUUGGGGUACAAACAAACAAGGGAUAGAUAUCAACUUCUGGUGAAUAGGACCCUUUACGAGAAAACAGUAGCUAGUGGCUUUGGUUCCAUUCAUUUUCUUCUUGAUGCUUCUGAACAACAGCAGUACAAAGAAGCCAUAUUGGUGUACGCAAUCCUACUUAAAGCAGAAAGUAGCCAGGUGAGAAGCACAAGAGCAAUUAGGGAACAAUGUGAGGCAUUCCUUUAUGAUCGUUUCCAAGAGAAGGUUGAAAUGCCAGUUGAUAAGGCAAUACACACACUGAUGAGGCUAGGUCUUUUAACGGAGAAGAAGGUAAGUCUCGUUGAUGAUGGAGAUAUUCUAGUCCAGGCUGUGCCAUGCACCACCGCAUACCUCAUUCUCCGAGAUCGUUGGAAUACUCUUCUUAUCAACUAAUACCAUUUCUUUUACACUAAUUAUAUAUAUUUAGUUUUUUUUUUAAUUAGAGAAAUUAGAGAAAUUAGAGCAAAAUUAUGUUUUGAUGAGUAUUUGGGAUGCAUCAUGCAUUCUUCAAACCCUUUUUAAUACUCAACUUGUCAAAUAAUAUAUUAGUCCAUCCUUCC